AUGAAAUUUUAUCAUUCUUUUCUAAAUAUGAUCAAAAACUCUAUUAAAUCUUUUGAUUUAUUUGGACAUCCUAUUGAAUUAUAAAUAAAAAAGGAUAAUGAAUAUCAUACUUUUUUGGGAAUCCUAUCGAGUAUUGGAAUAUUAACUUUAAUUUUCUAUUCUUUCUUAUCCUUACUUAUUGAUAUGAUAAAUCGCACAAAUCCAAGUGUCCUUUAGAAUAUUGAAUAUUAAGCAAAUCCAGAGGUAAUAUUAAUUUAUGAUAGAAUAAGGAAUAUAAAUUAAACUAAGAUUCUUUUCUUUUUUAUCUUGCUAUAACAGAUGAAUUUGGAAGGCCAAUAACUUAAGAAGAUAAUUAAUUAAUCUAUUAGUCAAAAUUUUCUUUUUGUUAAAGAAAAGUAAAUGAAAAAAAUUCAUUCCAAUCUGAUUGUUCCACUUUUUUAAUGAAAAAAUGCGACACGAUGUCGAUCAACAGUUAAAUUUUAGAAAAACUGAAUAUUUCAGCAGCAGUGUUAAAAGCAAGUCUUUGCUUUGAUCCAGAUGAGUGGAAUACAAUAGAAUUAUCCCUUUAAGGAACUUCUUAAAGCCUCGAUUUUAAGGGUCUUAAAUUUAAUAUUGAAAAAUGCAAUAAUAUCACAUCAGGAGGAAGUAAAUUUUUUAUUUUAUUUAGAUUGUGCAUCUUAAGAAUUUAUUGAUCAAAAAUUAAGUUCAGGAUACUUAGGAUUUUUUAUUUCAGAUUCAGUGCUAAACUAAAAGAAAGCUUAAAAUCCAUUUUCUUUAGUCUCAAAAUUGAUAACAACAACUAUUUCGUCAUAUUAAUACAAAUCUAUGAUAUUGUAGAUGAGAAAAUCGAAACUUUAUAAUAAAGAAAACUUUUUUUAUUAUUUUGAGAAUAAUGCUGAAUAUAGCGCUUUAUUGUUUGAUAGAUAAUCAGAAUGGGUGUUGAAUACAUAAAAAGAGGAAUUAGUUGUUAUCCACGUUAUUCUAGAUGACAGAGAAGUAUUAUAUUAUAGAACCUAUAAUAAUAUUUUGGAUAUUUUGGGUUAAAUGGGAGGAUUAUUAGAAUUAAUGCUAUUAUUGGUUGGGUUAUUUGUCAAACCUUUCAAUAAACUUUCUUGUGAUUUAUUUCUUGCAUCUAAAAUAUUUUAUUUUGAACAAUCAAAUAAUUAAUAGAAAUUAUACCCUUAACCGUUUAUAGGGUUAGGAUAAGUUGAAGGACUUGUUAAUUAAAGUUAAUUUGCACAACUAAAAAAAUUCUUUAAAUUAAAAGCCUAAUAAAUUAAAUUAUUUGUUCAUUAAUAUUUAUUCACUUGUGGUAAAGAUAGACAAUUAAUUUAAUAAAGUAUUGAAUCUAUUUACAAUUAAAUUGAUAUUAUCUUUAUUUUUAAUAAAUUAAUUGAAAUUGAUAAAUUGAAGAAAAUAUUGUUAAAUGAUGAUUAAUAAAUUUUGUUUAAUUACAUACAUAAGCCGAUCAUUUAACUAGACUAAAGAGAAAAUAUGAGUUGUAAUUAAAAUUUGUAUAAUUAAAAUAAGUUAUCAUUUGAAGAGGAAAUAACAUAAGCCUUAAAUUCUUAUAAUGUAAUAAAAGAAAAUAAUAAUAAAAAACAUGAAAACAAAACAAUAAUGAAUUUAUUAGAUAAAGAUAUUUAAUUUAUUUUAGAUCAACAUGAAAAUAAUAAAUUAUAAAAAGAAUCAUCUUUAAAAGAAGCUUCAUUUAAUGAUUUAAGUAUUUAAGAGAAUAGAGUUGAUAUUUGA